GUUACCAGCAUGUCAGAGUGGGAGUCUUACUACAAAAACGAGGCCAAUGAAGAAGAAGAACAAGAGGAGGGCCUCGAAGCUGGUGGAAAAUAUACAUAUUCAGGAAGAGAUAGUUUGAUUUUUUUGGUUGAAGCUUCUAGGGCCAUGUUUAAAUCAGUGGGUGAAGAUGAAUUGACUCCUUUUGACAUUAGCAUCCAGUGUAUCCAGAGUGUGUACACCAAUAAAAUCAUAAGCAGUGAUCGAGAUCUCUUGGCAGUGGUGUUCUAUGGUACUGAGAAGGACAAAAACUCAGUGAACUUCAAAAAUAUUUAUGUUUUACAGGAGUUGUAUAAUCCAGGUGCUAAACGAAUAUUGGAGCUUACACAGUUCAAGGGGCAGCAGGGACAGAAACAUUUCCAAGACCAGAUUGGCUAUGUAUGUGACUACUCCCUAAGUGAAGUGCUGUGGGUCUGUGUCAACCUCUUUAGCAAUGCCCAGGUCAAGAUGAGCCAUAAGAGGAUCAUGUUGUUCACCAAUGAAGAUGACCCCCAUGGCUAUGACAGUGCCAAAGCCAGUCGGGCCAGGACCAAAGCUGGGGAUCUCCGUGAGACAGGUAUCUUCCUUGACUUGAUGCACCUGAAGAAACGUGGAGGCUUUGACGUAUCCAUAUUCUACAGAGAUAUCAUCAGUGUAGCAGAGGAUGAGGACCUACAGGUCCACUUCCAGGAAUCGAGCAAGCUAGAAGACCUGUUGAGGAGGGUCUGCGCCAAGGACACCAAGAAGCGUGUGCUUGUCAGGUUGAAGUUUAAGCUCAACAAAGAUAUAGCAUUCACUGUUGGCAUUUAUAAUAUAGUCCAGAAGGCUGUCAAACCUCCUCCAGUCAGGCUUUAUCGGGAAACAAAUGAACCAGUGAAAACCAAGACACGGACAUUUAAUGUAAAUACAGGUGGUUUGCUUCUGCCAAGCAACACCAAGAGGGCUCAGAUUUAUGGGAGUCGUCAGAUUGUACUAGAGAAAGAAGAGACAAAACAGCUAAAACGAUUCGAUGAACCAGGCUUGGUUCUCAUCGGUGUCAAGCCCCUGAUAAUGCUGAAGAAGCACCAUUAUAUUAGGCCCUACCUGUUCGUGUACCCUGAGGAGGCCUUGGUUAAUGGGAGCUCAACCCUGUUCAAUGCUCUCCUCACCAAGUGUCUGGAGAACGAGGUCAUGGCAGUGUGCAGGUACACCCCCCGCCAGAACAUCCCACCUUAUUUUGUGGUCUUGAUGCCACAAGAAGAGGAGAUGGAUGACCAGAAAAUUCAGGUAACUCCCCCAGGCUUCCAUCUCAUCUUCUUACCCUAUGCUGAUGAUAAGCGGAAGGUGCCCUUUACUGAAACAGUCAUGGCAAACCCAGAGCAAGUAGACAAGAUGAAGGGUAUUGUUCAGAAGCUCCGCUUCAAAUACAGAAGUGACAGUUUUGAGAACCCAGUGCUCCAGCAGCACUUUAGGAACCUGGAGGCCUUGGCUUUGGAUUCAAUGGAGCCUGAACAAGCAGUAUGUGUGACAUUGCCCAAAGUUAAAGAAAUGGAUAAAAGACUGGGUUCCCUAGUGGAUGAGUUUAAGGAGCUUGUCUACCCGCCUGAUUACAAUCCUGAAAGAAUAGUUCCCAGGCGAAAACAAGAUGAUGGAGGUUCUGGAAGCAAAAGACCCAAGCUGGAAUUGUCUGAAGAGGAACUGAAGGCCCAUGCUGAAGGAAGCCUGCAAGAUGUACGGACUGAAGGGCGGCAUAAGGAAGCAGGAGCCUCUAGAUGCACUCACUACGCACUUUCAGAAGGACUUACCAAGGACUGGACACCCAGCCAUCCUUCCACCCUGGCCAGGCUGCCUGGUUUUGGUCUCAUCAAGUUAAAACAUGUUCCUCCUGAGCCAGGAAGAGUCUGCCUGACAGAAGCCAGAACUUUAUGA